CAUGUGUGUGUGCUUGGAGCGCGAGCGCGAGCGCGCGCAUGUGACUGCAGCAGCACUUCCGCUCUGAGAGACACGCGCGUCCACGGACACAAAGAGAGAUCGGGAGCAUGUCGGAUGAGGACUCGCGUGCCAGCUCAUCCUCUUCAUCAUCCUCAUCGUCCUCCGGCCAUCAGCAGGACAAAGACACGCCCGGCAGAAAGAAAGAGAACCGAGUCAACAUGAGCAAGACCUCCAAACUCCUGUCCACCAGCGCUAAGAGGAUUCAGAAAGAGUUGGCUGACAUCAUGUUGGACCCUCCUCCAAACUGCAGUGCCGGGCCUAAAGGAGACAACAUCUAUGAGUGGAGAUCCACUAUUCUGGGUCCUCCGGGCUCAGUGUAUGAAGGAGGAGUUUUCUUCUUAGAUAUCGCAUUCACCCCAGAUUAUCCCUUCAAACCACCCAAGGUGACGUUUCGCACCAGAAUCUAUCACUGUAACAUCAACAGUCAGGGUGUGAUCUGUCUAGACAUCUUAAAAGAUAACUGGAGUCCAGCGCUCACCAUCUCAAAAGUCCUGCUGUCCAUCUGCUCGCUGCUCACAGACUGUAACCCUGCUGAUCCUCUGGUAGGAAGCAUCGCCACACAAUACACAACCAACAGACCAGAACACGACAGGAUAGCCAAACAGUGGACGAAACGUUACGCCACAUAAUUCACUGCAGCGCGUGGAGACGUCAGUCGGGUGGGAUGGGACGGGGAGGGCUAUAUAUACAGGGUGGAUUUUAUGGUGGAAUUAACGUUUUUGGUCUUUUAUUUUUAAACACUUUUGGUUGUUGUUGUUGUUGCUUUGGCUCAAGUAGCAUCAUUGUUUUGAAAGUGCUUUCUUUGUCUUCCUGUUGUAAAUUAAUUUUAGUUGAAGUGUCUUCAUUCUUGUCAAAUGAAAUCGCAGCAUGAGCCUACAGUAAGAUUCUUUCACUUGUUUUCCAUACCAAUAUUAAAGUUUUCAUUGGUGUA